AUGCCUGCGGCUCAGGCUCUUCCCUCUAUGAGGCAUUCUCUACCUACGACGGGGGGUUUUAGACAAGCCAACGGCGGGUUCACUCCGGCGAAUCAGCCUGUGACCAGCAGACCUCAAUCUCCAUUGGUAGCCACGCCUGUGGCGUCGGCACGCAACUCCCCUUCGGCUCCGGAAAGACCAAGCGAACCUCUGGUGGAGAUCAACCGAGAGAAUCUUGUGCUACGACACGAUGGGACUGUCUAUACGUGGCCCGAGUGCAUGGUAGGCGUCCCGAGGCGCAAGAUCCACCCCGGCGACCCAUACUGGGAACCCGACUGGAAGGACGUGCGGUCAGAGGUCGUUGAGGCGAAAGAGCGAUGGCAUCAAAAACACCAGCGUGCUAUUGAACUUGAAGCAAAGAAGGAAAAGUCGGGGUCCAGCAAAUAUCAGAUCGGGAGACAAGUCAACCGUGGCACUAAGAUCCUCGAGUUCCUGGAUGACGAGGACCAGAUCAGCCCCUACCAGCUCCUCGCGAAGCCCUUCAUGCACGCUUCCAAGGGCGGCAUCACGUCCUAUGAUACCCUUUUCCGCCUCUGCGAAACCUUGUCCGAGCUCGCCAAAUUCAACCUUGAUAUCUCCCCCGUGGACUGGAUGCGCCAUCGCCUAUACGAGAUUAUGCUCGAGAGCCCAGACGGCUCUUUCAAUCUGCCCAAGAUUGUGCACGAUUUCUACCACGAUCCCAAGCUGACCGACCUUCGCCACAAGCAUGGUUAUAAGAAUAUCGGACGGCCCUCUGGUCAGACAAGGGGUGGUCGCCAGAGCACUGGUCCCGGCCCAUCAGAAACAACGCCCAAGCAACCGCGCAAGCGCAAGAGCGCUGCCUCCGCAUUGGGUACGCCCCACGAUGGGAGCGAGCCCGUGCCGUCGAAUCCCAUGGUCAUUCACGACGAAGGCCCCUUUCUCCAAGCGCGAUCAGCUAUAGCCAAGAAGCCGCGCACCGAGGACUGGGAGCGCCUCGAGGUCAGCGAACCGGAAGCAGUACACCAAAUAGAGGUGCAGCCAGCAGCCAAGUCUCAGACCGCGGUGGACACACCCAAAGAAGAGCAUGCCAUGAAUGGUUCACAUGAAAUGUCGCGAGACGUUGCAUUGAAAGUGUAG